UGCACGGCCGCGCGCCAACCAGAGCGCUGUUGGGUGGUGACAAGUGUGCUGAUUCUCUCCUGCUGUGGUGCCCGAGAGUCUCGCCCUGCUCUGCCUUCUGGAGAAAUGGGUAUCAAAUGGAAUGGUUCCUUCAUCCCUGUAGCCCUUCUGGUUUUGAGCAUAGUUUCCCUGAUAGCCCUGAUUCUCAGCUUGGUGGGUAUACACAGUGCCACGUCGCCCCAGCAAAAUAAGUAUGGACUGGUGUUUGAUGCAGGCUCAUCCCACACCUCUCUGUUUGUCUACCAGUGGCCAGCAGAUAAAGAGAACAACACGGGCAUGGUCAGCCAAACCUUCUCCUGCCACGUUAAUGCAUCUGGGAUCUCAAGUUUCGCCAAAGAUCCAGCCCAGGCAGGUGACUCCCUCAGGGAAUGUCUUGAUGCAGCCAUGAAAGUGAUUCCUGCAGAGAGGCAGCGGGAGGCGCCCACUUAUUUGGGUGCCACGGCUGGUAUGAGGCUACUGAGCCUAGAGAACAAGACUACAGCAGCACGGAUCCUGGAAGAAGUUGGCAAGACUAUCCGGGAAUAUCCCGUAAACUUCCAGGGGGCUAGAAUCCUUACCGGGAAGGAGGAGGGUGCUUAUGGCUGGAUCACCAUCAACUAUCUGCUAGACUCCUUCACCAAGUAUUCCCUUGAACAUCGGGACUGGAUUCAUCCCUCCUCAGGCAAUACGUGGGGGGCACUGGAUCUCGGAGGGGCAUCGACCCAAAUAAGUUUUGUCCCAGCAGACCCAAUCGUGGAGAAAGAUGAAGCAGCGCAGUUCCGACUUUAUGGGUUUAAUUACACUAUCUAUACCCACAGCUACCUGUGCUACGGGCAGAAUCAGGCACUCCUGCACGCCCUCCGGUCUAUUGUCAAUUCAAGCACCUCGGAUCAGUUUGAUCACCCCUGCUAUCCCCUGGGUUACUCUGAGAACAUCACGAGGACAUCCUUCUACAGCAGCCCAUGUGCCAAACCGCAGGAACCUGCAGCCUCUGGGAAUGUGAUUCUAAAAGGUCUGGGUGAUGCCAACAGAUGCCGGGAAACCUUCAAGGCGAUCUUUAAUUUCUCAUGCAAUCACAACACAUCCUGUGGAUUCGAUGGGAUCUACCAGCCAAAAGUCCAUGGAAAGUUCCUGGCUUUCUCUGCUUAUUACUACACCUUCAGCUUCCUGAAUUUGACUGAGGGGCAGCCGCUGGCUGCCGUAGAAGAUGCUGUUCAGACAUUCUGUGCCAGAAAUUGGACUGAGUUAAAGGCAAGUUACCCCAAUGAGAUGGAGUCUCGCCUGAAGAGCUACUGUGCUAGUGCCAAUUAUAUCCUCACCCUCCUCGUACAAGGUUACCACUUCAGCAGUGACACCUGGGACAAUAUUGCCUUCCAGAUGAAGGCGGCCAAUUCAGACAUCGGCUGGACCCUGGGCUAUAUGCUAAACCUCACCAACAUGAUCCCCACCGAAUCCCCCCGCUGGCUGAGAGGACACGAGGAGGACGUUUGGAUAGCAAGCAUUUUCUUCAUUGCUCUGAUGCUGGCGCUGUGCCUCGUCUUUCUGCUCGUCUAUUUUCUAAAGUGACUUUAACAGCCUUCAGACACUAUGCACCCAGCACUUCAGGAUUUGGGAGGGGUUCAGUCAGGGGGAGUGCCUCACUUGACCCUGACUCACAGCCCAAGUAGUGGAGACGCUCUCCUUCUGUGGGAAACACUGACUUGGCGAUGGUUAGGCCUGCCACCCCAGCCAGCCUCUCAAGGAACACUCUGGCCUAACAGAAUGGACGCCAGCUGGUUGUUCAAACCACUUUAGUGCUUACUUUUUGCAUAUGCAGAAACUGCUGAGGUCAAAUUAUUUCCCCCUUUUCCUGAGUUAUCAUGGACAUGAAACAGAUAUUCCCCACUUCAAGUCCUACCUCCACUGGAGACUCACCAGGUAACCUAAAGCAAGCUACACAUUCUCUGCCUAACCAUUCCACGUGUAGCAUGGAAAAAGCACGAUAUUGGACUACCUUACAGGGCUGCUGUUAACAAUACUGAGACAAUUUAUGGGAACAACUUUAAACACCAGAAGAGCACUACGGCCGUGCAUCUGGUUGCUUGUAAUACCACCAUGCAGUUCAGACAACUGCCCCCUCUAGUGUCUGCGAACAUAUGGUUACAAUUAUUUCAUUUCAAUGGUUUCCCACCCAAAAAGGCACUACUUG